ACAUGAGAGUUGAUUAAUUUGGGGAAAUAAGUCACUAACGUACAACAUCUCAAUUAAGAAAAUAGGCCUAAGUAAUUUAGAUACAAUAAUUCAUCAAUCAAAUCAAAACACAUGUUCAGGUGCUACAGUGAUUGAAAGUACUUUGCAGUAACUGCACUGCAGUUCCAGGCAACAUAGGGCUCUCAAUAAAUACAAGGCGUUGUGUGAGAGCGUGUGAAAUGGCUGAAAUGCGUGGCACUUGAGAGCCCUAGGCUAUAACAAUUACCCUAAAUUCUUAUUUACAACAUUGUACUCUUACACAACACAAUGUAGCCUACAAUAUAGGCAACACCUAACAAAAUACAAUAUACUGUAUACAAAAUACGACAGAAUACAAUCAAAUACACUCUACCCCCCCUCCCCCAUAUAAACAGCGAAGAAAAAUAUAAAGUGAUGCAGUGACAUCCAGUUGUCGUUUUAAUAGGCCUACAUUCGGUACAUAUAUCAUUAAACAUUUGCUUCACUGGCUUUGUUCCAACAAUGGGCUUUCCUGUAGCCUACCAGCAUUAGCCAUCCAACCAACAACAUAAGGUAUAGUGUUUUGUUUGGAGUUGCCAGGAUAUCUUGCCCAUGUAGACAUACCUAUUUGACUGCUCUGGAGCUGUACAGAUCACUUCGGCCAAAAUGGUCAUGGGUUCUCACGAUUUAAUAACCAUUAAUGUUGGAGGUCAAAGAUUCACCACCACUGCAUUUACUCUCAGAAAGCACCAAGACUCAAGACUCGCACGGAUACUGGAUGGCAAAGACCCUGAACACAAGCUAGUGAAUGGGCAGAUAUUUAUAGACAGGGACUGGACUUUGUUUAAAUUCAUCCUGGAAUACUUGAGAGCUGGCCAGAUCUCUCUGCCGGCUGAGUUUAGUGACCACGAUGGACUGGCACGGGAGGCGGAGUUUUACGGAUUGCAUGUGUUGGUUCAGGGUCUUUCCAUAACCCCGCGUUCCAAAGUCGAACUCCUCGAAAUCCGCUGCUCUGUUCAAGAGUCUCACGGAACCUUCCGAGUAUUCUCCUCCAGCAACAGAACUCUGGAGGCGUUGGCCUCUAGAAUUUCCGUUUUUGUGGAACACCCCAACCUGAGAGGCAAUCUUCCACCACAGACCCAGAAUUCAGACACACCCGUGCCGGUUCAAAGGCCCUCUCAUCAUGACCUGGUCUUUCACUGUGGGACUGACCACUUUGCCAGGGAUGACUUCUCAGCUAGAUUUGUGACCAUAAAGCCAGACGAGAGAAAACUCCUGAACAGCAGCAACGUCCUGGGCCUGCUAAUGGACACCCUGCUGAAGGAAGGGUUUCAUCUCGUCAGCACCAGGACCAUCUCCCAAGAGGAGAAGGUGGAGUGCUUCACGUUCGAAAGACGCCAGAACACCCACAUUGUUCUGUCCAAUGAGAUUCAUAGCAGAGAUGAUGACCUCAGAAGUGAGGCAACAAUGGCACAAAGCAAGAAGACCAACAGGAAGAAGUGAUGCCAGAAAUUAAGGUCCAAAUCUCGACACAGGCCUCAAUUUUUUUAAAUAGCAAUGCUCUCAUUGGAUCCGAUCAGAUCCAUAUUUGUUUGUGUAUGUUUAUUGUCUAUAUCACCAUCGUGUUUGAAUAUAGAUUUACAGAGGAAGCUACUUUAAACUGAGGAAAUGGGAAGUCUCUCUCAGCCUCACUUGUUGUGACCAGAUAUCCCCAUGUUUACCAAUAGGGGGCAACAUAGAAUGAUUAAUAAUAGAGCAGCCUACAGUGACCCAUAAAAUCAAUC